ACGAUGAUCCAAACUAGUUGUGAUCCUACAAUUGAAAAACAUUUUAAAGGCCAUGAAAGUGCUAUCACAAGCUUAUGUUUUCAUCCGGAGACAACUCAACUUAUAUCAAGUAGUUUGGAUAAGACUAUAAUAUUAUGGAACCUUACACAGUCUGUAAGGGCUUACAGAUUUCUAGGACAUAAAGAUGCUAUUAAUGAUGUUAGUUACGCACCAUCUGGCGAAGCCAUAGCUAGUGCCUCUAGAGAUAGGUCUGUCAGAAUUUGGGUCCCUAAAGUAACAGGUCAAUGUAUAGAUUUCAAAGCACAUUCAGGAGCCAUUAGAUCAGUAGAAUUCAGCCCUGAUGGGAAGAAGUUACUUACCGCAUCCGAUGAUAAAAGCAUAAAAUUAUGGAUGGUGUGUCAAAGAAGAUUUCUCAUGUCUUUUGUGAAUCACAAAAGUUGGGUCAGACGUGCUACAUUUUCUAACGAUGGUAGGCUCAUUGUUUCCUGCAGUGAUGAUAAGACAAUAAAAUUAUGGGACAUUGCUAGUGGACAGUGUAUUAAAACACUAUUUGAUAUUAAAGCUUAUAACACAUAUGUGGAAUUUCAUCCAAGUGGCUCUGUCAUUGGAUCCGCAAAUAUGGCUGGUUGUGUAAAAUUAUACGAUCUGCGAUCUUUUUCAUUGUAUCAGCAUUAUGCAACUCACAAAGGUCCUGUCAAUAUGAUAAAAUUUCAUCCUAAUGGAAAUUUCAUGUUGACUGCUUCUAGUGACUCCACAAUGAAGGUUUUAGAUUUGUUAGAAGGUCGUCCAAUUUAUACAUUGAAAGGGCAUGCAAAUGAUACGAGCGUCACAUCGAUAACAUUCUCCUCCGGCGGUGAAUUCUUUGCUUCCGGUGGAGCCGAUCGACAAUUAUUAAUGUGGAAAACUAAUUUCGAUAAGGACGAUAUUGCUCGUAGAAUUCCACGACAAUUAAUUUCAUCUGUUAGAGAAGUAAAAACCAAUACUAAAGACGAAAAUAUGCACAUGGAUAAUGAUAUAGUUGCAGUGCAGGAAGUAAAAGAAUUAUUGCACGAAGAGUUUAGUACCACGGAAUUACAAAACAAUAGAAGUCAUUGCAAAGCACCUGAUGUUGAAAUUUUAGGAAGAAAACUAGAACAAGAAGUAGUUAAUCUAAAAACACAAGAAAUUCCCGAACAAGGUCGUAUUGUAAAUAUAUCUCGUUUGUGUAAAGAUUUCUCUAAUGCACAAGUAUCUGUGCAUUCAAGCAAUAUAGUAGAUGCGCUUAAUGAGCAAGUACAGUCUCUACGUGAUACUGUUACUGUUUUAGAACAACGUUUAACAGUAUUGGAAGAAGAAUUGAAAAAAUAA